AUGGGGCAGCGCUUGAACCGCUGCCUCGAUGUUCCCGUCGCGUUGCCGCCGCUGAGGCGGAGGCUCCUGCUGCUCUUCAUCAUGCUCUUCCUCUGGCUCUAUAUGUUUUACUCCUGCGCCGGCUCCUGCGCCGGGCUGGCGACCCGCGGCUCCCCCGCCCCGCCCCGCGUCGCCCCGCCGCUUCCCCAGCUGCUGCCGCCGGCUCCGGGGGAGCCGGGCGAGGAGAGCAGCCUGGAGGAGCAACGGGCAGCGCCCGACGCCGCCAGCCCCAUCUCCAGCUUCUUCAACGGCUCCGGCACCAAGCGGCUGCCGCAGGCCAUCAUCAUCGGCGUGAAGAAGGGGGGGACGCGGGCGCUGCUGGAGUUCCUGCGGGUGCACCCCGACGUCCGCGCCGUCGGCGCCGAGCCCCACUUCUUCGACCGCAACUACGAGCGGGGACUCGCCUGGUACAGGGACCUCAUGCCCAGGACCCUGGAGGGGCAGAUCACCAUGGAGAAGACCCCCAGCUACUUCGUCACCAAGGAGGCCCCAGCCCGCAUCUCCUCCAUGUCCAAGGGCACAAAGCUCAUCGUGGUGGUGCGGGACCCCGUGACCCGAGCCAUCUCGGACUACACCCAGACGCUCUCCAAGAAGCCCGAUAUCCCCACCUUUGAGAGCCUGACCUUCAAAAACAGGACUACGGGCCUGAUCGACACCUCGUGGAGCGCCAUCCAGAUUGGCAUCUACGCCAAGCACCUGGAGAACUGGCUCCUCUACUUCCCCAUCGGGCAGAUCCUCUUUGUCAGCGGGGAGAGGCUGAUCAGCGACCCCGCGGGGGAGCUGGGCAGGGUCCAGGACUUUCUGGGCCUCAAGAGGAUCAUCACCGACAAACACUUCUACUUCAACAAAACCAAGGGGUUCCCGUGCCUGAAGAAGGCGGAAGGCAGCAGCAAACCCCACUGCCUGGGGAAGACGAAAGGCAGGACCCACCCCGACAUAGACCAGGAGGUGGUGCAGAGACUGCGGGACUUCUACCGGCCCUUCAACAUGAAGUUCUACCAGAUGACGGGGCAGGACUUCGGCUGGGACUGAGGCUGGUGUGGGAAAGUCCCCUGUAAUUACUUGCCCAGCACGGU